AUGGGGAUUGACUUAAAGGAUGCUGGGCGGAAGAAAAAAUCGGCAAGGAAAACAAUCACUUCUCCAAAUCCAUACAUGCGCCUUCUGGUGAAAUUGUACAAAUUCCUUUCCAGGCGCACAAAUGGCACCUUUAACAAGAUCAUUUUGAAACGGCUGAUUAUGGCUAGAAGAUUUAAGGCGCCCCUUUCACUUUCAAAACUUGCAAAGCACAUGGCCAACAAGCCAGAUAGUGUGGCUGUUGUUGUGGGAACUAUUACAGAUGACAUUCGUUUGUACCAAAUCCCAAAGCUCAGAGUAUGCGCACUCCGUUUCACUGAAAAUGCUAAUAAGCGAAUUAUAGCGGCCGGGGGUGAAUGUUUUGGCUUUGAUCAAUUGGCCACAAGAUAUCCAACGGGCAAGCAAUGCAUACUAUUUCGUGGUGCCACCAAAUCCAGAGAGGCUGAAAAGCACUUUGGCAAGGCGCCGGGGACACCAGGUUCCCAUACCAAGCCAUAUGUACGCUCAAAGGGUAGAAAGUUUGAAAAGGCCAGAGGCCGUCGUAAGUCUCGUGGUUUCAAGGUCUAG